AUCACCAUCGAUCAAAUUAUAUAGAAACCACCAUCCUACAACCUAAAACAUACACCUAAACGAGGCGAGGAUGAUAUCUCCAGUUAUUUUCAUAUUUUCCCUCAUUCUCUCGUCCUCCCAUGCUGUGCAAGACUUCUGUGUAGGUGACCUCACAGCUCCUGAAAGCCCUGUAGGCUACGCUUGCAAGAAUCCUGCAAAUGUGACGGCGGCUGAUUUUGUUUUCACUGGCCUAGGCGUUCCGGCCAACACUUCUAAUAGUAACAAAGCUGGGGUGAUCCCGGCCUUUGCCCCACAGUUUCCUGGUAUAAACGGCCUUGGAAUUUCGUUAGCUCGUGCGGACUUUGAGGUUGGAGGAGCUAUCCCAUUACACUCACAUCCUGGAGGUUCAGAAGUCGUACUUGUUGCGGAAGGAACCAUAUUUGCAGGGUUCAUUUCCUCAACAAGUAAUAAAGUUUAUACAAAGACUCUGAAGAAGGGUGAUAUUAUGGUUUUCCCUCAAGGAUUACUGCACUUCCAAGUGAAUACCGGACCUUCUCCAGCUACUGUAUUUGUUAGCUUCAGUAGUACGACCCCAGGUGCCCAGCUUCUGCCCCUUGCUUUGUUUCAAAACGACUUACCCACUGCCGUGAUAGCGGCAACUACCUCCCUUGAUACCGCUGAGAUUAAGAAGCUUAAAGCAAUUCUUGGUGGCUCUGGUUAAGAUCUCUGUCGAGAUAAGAAUUAUAUAUAGGAUAUUCUUUGAUCAGCCAGCAUGCAGCGAACGCCGUAUCUAUGUACGUAGUGUUUUAACAAAAAGAGUCGUGCAUGUGAGUUGUUUUUGUUUUGUUUUCGUAACUUUGAUUAUAUUUCAUGCUUGAUGAUCAGGACAUUCUGACUGAUAAAGUAACAGUACUUCCGUUGAAGGCAAAUUAAUGCCAUUAAGGAGAAUAAAUGCAUGGGAUCUGUUUGGUUUGUCUA